AUGAUCCCUCAUUCGUUCAUCGUUUCUCCAUUACGGCUAUGGCUUUGCAUAGUGAUUGCUUUAUGUUUUUCGAGCGUCAACGCGAAUCUAUGGGCCGAAACGGAGCGAAUGCCCGACUUGCAACAGUGGCGAAAACUUUGUGGACUUUACGAGGUGGCCACCGCUUAUAUGAAAGACGUUUACGCGAAAGUAACCAUUUUUGCGCCAACUGAUGACGUUUUCACGUACAAUCCUGAUAUUCGAGCGUUGAGUCAACGAGAAGUCCUCAGUCAUAUGGUGGACACCCAAGUUAUCGAGAUUGGUCAGGGAAAGAAAUGGGAGAAGCAAACAUUGAUUCGAUCGACGAUCAACUCUGGAUACAUCUAUAUCACACAAUUCGAGAAUAAUCCAGGAAACUUUUCCUACUACGCGAAUGCGGGCAUGAUUUGCAAUCACGUUUCAAAUCAAUGGGGAAUCAUCUCCGGUGAGCAAUAUUUGUACAAGAUUUGCACCCCGAUUGGUCAUCGACCCUAUCCGGGCACGGCUCUUUCAUUCAUCCGGGACACUGAUAAGACGGUGUUUAUGGAUCGACAGUAUAACAAUAAUGAGUUGACGGAAAUGAGAGAGAUUCUAAACCGAGUGCCAGAUAUUGCGCUAGUGAUUUUCGGCAGCAGUGCGUGGAAUGGAUUUCACACGUUUUUUCUCCCAACUGAUGCCGCUUUUGCAAAGGUGAUCGACCGUAACCGAAUCGAUCGCGAGGUGAUGUUGGCACAUGUGACGGGAGUGAAUCGAGUGCUUUUCACGUAUCCCUGGCUGUAUGACGGUGGAUUGCACUAUUAUCCAAGUAUACGAUUCUCAUCGAAUAUUAUCGAGGAUAAUUUCAAGUUGAAAAUCUCGAUGCGGAAUAUCACCGAUCGACGGACGGGACGCUGGGAUUUAUACGUUGUUUCCGAGGUCUACGAGCGCUACGCGAAUUUUCGUCGAGGCGCCGUUUGGGCAAAGAUCUUAGUGCCGAAUAUUCCCGUGCAAAACGGCGUCGUUCACAUCAUCGACAAUGUGCUCGGAAUCGUCAGUCAAACGAUUGAUCAGAUCGUGAUGGAGAAUCCGAAAAGUCGAGUACUGAUGCGAUAUAUGAAUACGAUUGGGCAAAUUGUGAGAAAUUAUCUAUCAGCAACUGGUGGUUUGGUGACAUUUUUCGCUCCAUACGAUUACGCGUUUGAGAUGAUUCCAGAACAGAUUGAGAGACGAAUGUUAAGAGAUCGCAUUUGGCUUGAACAGGUUCUCAAGUUACAUAUUGUGCCGGCAAAAGAAUUGGUGAGCGAUGAGAUCACGAAUGAAACCAUUGUGAAUACAGUGGACAAUAUGAGGCAAUUGUAUUUUGUGAAAGGAGAAUGGCCAAAGAAUAACAUUACCUAUUAUGUGAUUGGUGGCGGUAUUCGCACGGCGAUUAUUCAGGACAAUGUUGCGGCAACGAAUGGUAUUAUUCAUUAUGUGGAACGAGUUUUGGGUGUUCCUUAUCAAUCACUCUGGGAGAUUCUCAAAAAUGAAAGUGAUUGCCAAGUUUCUUUUAAAAUGCUCGAGAAUUUGCAACUUCGAUACUCGUUAGAUCCAUGGCAAGUGUUGACUCCAGAGCAAAACUUUACUUUCUUUAUCCCAACCGAUCUCGCAUGGCAAAAGGUAUCUCCAUACUUAAGAAAUCGAAUGAAUGAUGGACAUCAUUGGUUAGCGUUACAGUAUGUCUACAAAAGGCAUAUUAUACAAGGUCAAGCUUUGAUGUACACGGAUCUCCGCGAGCGAACAUAUGUGAUGAUGAAUGAUGAAAAAGUGGUGAUACGAAGGAGGGGAAGAUAUUUCGAGCUCUACUGGCCGAGGGGAAAUGUGGUGGCGAGGGUGAUUGAGGGCGGGGAAAUAGCCGGCAUAAAUGGAUUCAUGCACAAAAUCGACAAUAUUCUCAUUUAUGAGCCAGAUUUGCAUGCUGAUGCUCCAUCCGAUGGUAUUUCUUGGCUAACUCUUCUCUGCACCAUCUCCGCUCCUUUCAUUUUCCGUUGGCGUCUCGUUCGCCUUUUUCUCGUCAUCGCUUUCGUUCACUCGCAAUUCCCCGAGUUUCUCGAGCGCUUUCUUUCGCCGAAAUAUAGU